AUGGAAGUUGUUGCAAGUGUGUCAAGCAUCAUAGGCUUGUGUUGCUCUCUGCAUGAAGUAUUUAGAAACAGUUGUAAACACUUGAUUACACCCAGGAGGAGGAUUCGGCGGCUGCGUAAUUUGAUGCGCCAAUUGGAUGCUCGUAAAAAGGAUGUUGAAUAUCAAAUAAAUCAGUUGUGGCAUCUAAAAGGGGCAGAGCCAACAAAUGAAUGCAAUUUAUGGUUUGAGCGAGUUGAUCAGGCAAUAAGAGAAGUUGUUAGUCUCAUAACUGAAAAUGGCCUGCAUAGACCAACUAUAGGGUGUUGUUGCAUUUGCUCAAGAAUCAAGCGAGGGCAACUCAUAGAGGAGAAGAUCAUUGAUAUUAAUGAACUUCUAGAAACUGUUCCACGUGAAGGGUAUUCCAUUCCUAUUCCUAUAAAAAAGGGAGGUGAUGUUUUGUUUGCAACACCAAUGAUUGAAUACGAAACACAUAAACAAAUCUUUAUGAAGAUUUGGGGAUUUCUACUUGAUGAGAAUGCCAGAAGGAUUGGUGUUUGGGGGAUGGGAGGAGCAGGUAAAACAACUAUCAUGUCAGAGAUUAACAAUUGCCUAGUGAAAGGAAGUAGUCAAUUUAAUUGCACUAUUUGGGUGGAAGCGUCAAAAGAUCUAAAGAAGAUGCAACAAGAUAUUGUUGUGAAGUUGGGUUUGACUUUUCAAGAAACUGAUGACGAACGAGCAAGAGCUUCAAAACUGUUAGAAGCUUUUAAGAGGAGGAAGGCAUUUGCACUUAUACUAGAUGAUGUUUGGGAACCAUUCUCUAUCGAAGAAGUAGGAAUUCCUGUGCCAACGGUAGAGAAUAGCUGUAAAUUAGUGAUAAUAACUCGAAGCCUUAUGGUGUGCAGAGUGAUGGAAAUAGACAAGGAUGUCGAAGUUAAAGUUCUUGAAGAUGAUGAAGCGUGGAAUCUCUUUAAGGACAAAGUUGGGGAGAAACAGAUCCAGAUUUGCAAUCAAUUGCCAUGGAGGUGGCCAAAGAAUGUGGUGGUUUGCCCCUAG